AUCUAGCCCAUAGCCUGACAUCACGUAGUACUUCUAGGAUGGGAUCGCUAUUAACUAUUGGAGUAUUAUUACGGAUUUAUGAUCUUCCUCACCCUCUCGGGCCACUCUCAAACCGUUAGCUAUAUAAGAACCGAUCCCAAUUCCCAAAUCCCCAUUCCCCCAAAUCAAAUUAAGCCCUCUGUGAGGUUUUCUUCUCUCGCCCUAAUUCAAUCGAUCAGUAGUCGAAUCCUAUAAAGCGGAGUGAAACAACAGAAAUUAGAAGUAAAAGAGAAGAAAUUGAUACGAAUAUGAGGAAGAGAGAGCGAGAGAAUCCAUGUGCGGUUUGUGGGCAUUACCACAAGUACGAGGAAGGCGAAGUCUGCGGCGUUUGUGGUCACCGGAUGCCCGCCGUUGCCGAGAAGUCUUCCUCCUUCCAAGUCAGUGCUUUCCCUUCCGAGAUCCUGCCGGAGUUUCUCUACUUGGGUAGCUACGACAACGCGUCCAGGGCCGAGCUUCUCAAGACUCAAGGGAUUUCUCGUAUUCUCAAUACUGUACCUGCUUGUCAAAAUUUAUACAAGAAUUCUUUUACAUAUCAUUGCCUUCCAGACAACCAAAAUUUGCCCUUCGAGGAUGCAAUUCAAUUCUUAGAAAAAUGUGAAAAGGAAAAUGCUCGUGUUCUUGUACACUGCAUGUCUGGAAAAAACAGGUCGCCAGCUAUUGUAAUAGCUUACUUGAUGAAAAGCAAAGGAUGGAGAUUAGCACAGAGUUAUCAGUGGGUGAAGGAACGGAGAGCUUCAGUUGACAUAACUCAAGGUUUAUCAUUUUACGUACUUUUGCUCGUGGAACUUCUACUUGUAAAGUUGAAAAUAGUCUAAUCUUGGCUGUAGCUGUCUACCAACAACUACUGGAGUUUGAGCAGAAGAUUUUUGGCUCAGUUGAUAAUUGCAGCGCAAUGUGGCCUACCCUCAGUCCAGGUGUGCCAUCUUUUAGCUUUGGUUUUCCAAAGCCAAAUAAUCCAGUUCUUGCUCCUGCUUUCGGUAAGGCCGGUGCUUCGUCUGUUCUUGCCCGCCCAGCUUAUGACAUCCCACCUCAGGAGUUCAUUUUUGGAGCUGGCCAGGCUCAGCAAAGUACUUCUGCAAGUUGUUUUGAUACCCACCCUCCUGAUCAAAACAGCAAGGAUAUUCCCAUGGGUGGUUCAUGAUGAGCAUUGAAUUCUAAACUUGUGUUUCAUGGCACCAACAUGGGCGAGAAUCAAAUCAGAUUUGUUGGGAUAGAGAGGUUGUUGUGAUAUUUGGAUGUAAAUUAGGUCAAAAGGAUUAAAUGGAUGUAACUUGGAUUCUUAGUUAUUGUACCUUACAUUUUGUUGAAUUUUUGUCCAAAAGUGCUAGGAACUCAUUUCUGAUUGGGUAAAUAACAAAAAAGUCCCCUGUAGUAUAGCUAUAUUAUAGAAAAGCCUCCUGUGAUUUCAAAUC